AUGUCAGAAUACUUGCAAUUUAAUUCUGUUCCUUCAGGAGAACAUGAAGGGAAAAAACAUAUCAUCAUUGUAGGUGCUGGUAUCAUUGGUGUAUGUACGGCUUAUUAUAUUGUUAAGCAUAAAAAGUUUGAUCCUAGUAAAUACCAUAUCACUAUAAUUGAAAGCAAGAGAGUUGCAGGUGGAGCUAGUGGUAAAGCAGGAGGAUUAUUAGCUUUGUGGGCAUUUCCGCAACAAAUAGUACCAUUAUCUUUCGAAUUGCAUCAGGAAUUGAGUGAUUUAUAUAACGGAAGUGAAGAAUGGGGAUAUAGAAGAUUGACGACUGUAUCGUUGGAGGGAGAUAUAACUAAAAUACCAGAAGAAGCUACGGAUCAGGCAGAUAAAGAAGAUGGCGAACUGACUAUUCCAAGAAAAAAGAAUGCUAAAGCCACAAAGAAUUCCUUUAGUUCGUCGAGUCCGAGGUCAAGAUCCAAAUUACCAAAGGAUUUGAAUUGGAUAAAUGAUAAAAUAAUCGAUAGCUGUUCGAUGUUGGGGGAUACUGAUACAACGGGACAAGUUCAUCCAUAUAAAUUUACAUCGUUUAUGUUGAAGAAAGCGGAAGAAGAGAGUAAGGGAAGCCUUGAGUUAAUUCUUGGUAAGGUAAGCGAAAUUACAUAUUCAAUGGAGACUGGUGUAGCAACCGGGAUUAAAUAUAGACCCACCAGUCUUAAAUCAAGUGAAGAUAAGAUAGUGACCUUACAAGGUGACCAAAUUGUACUCUCUGUGGGCCCAUGGACGUCGAAAAUAUUACCUGACUGUCCAAUCUCCGGAUUGAGAGCACAUUCCAUCACCAUAUCACCUUUUGAAGACCAACCUGUUUCACCAUUUGCCAUAUUCACAGAACUUAAAACGGGCCCACGGUCCUACAUAUCACCGGAAAUCUAUGCUAGACAAGACGAAGUGUAUGUUUGUGGAGAAGGGGAUUCUGCAGUCGAUGUUCCUGAAACAACUGAUGAUGUCGAGGUCGUCAAAUCUAAAUGUGAUGAGCUAUUCAAGCAAGUGAGUAAAAUUUCGCCAAAUUUAAGCAGAGGUCACAUUUUAAAAAGACAGGCUUGUUAUUUGCCAGUGUUAGAUGUUCCGUCAUCAAGUGGCCCGUUAAUCGGGGAAACAAAUGUCGAAAGAUUAUAUUUGGCAUCAGGCCAUUCAUGCUGGGGUAUCAAUAAUGCUCCGGGCACAGGCAAAAUCAUGAGUGAGCUUUUAUUGGAUGGAGAGGCAAAAUCUGCUAACAUAUCUGGAUUAAAUCCUUCUCUUUAUUUCGAUGCGAGUGUAUUUGUUAGUGAUGAUGAGAAUAAUGAUGAUGAUAAUGAAAGCGAUAAUGAAACAGAUGAAGAGGAUGAGAAUGUCACAAUAGAUAACUAG